CGUCCCGAGGGCACAGAUCUCAUCCCACUGCAGAGAGUCACUUCAUUGUGAGGCUGAGAAAUUGCUGCAAGCAAUCCAGGUGCCCAGGCUUCCACCAGCUCAGAGGCUUUAUUCAUAAACCAGCCAGCCCAAGCGGGUAAUGGUCUCACCUACCUGGGCUCUCACCAGUGAAUUUUGGGUCAUCGACGAAUAACAGCAGUGAGCGUUCCCUUCUCAAGUCAAUCCGAGUCGUCCGAAUGUUGCCAGUGACUCUACCGCUGGCAAAUCGCUGGCUGCUUCCAAGAAAUUAUCCCUGAAUAUCCUGUCUGUGGCUGAGCCAGUGAGACCUUAGCAGGGUUCUCUGACCAUCAAUCCUUUUUACGAAUGGAAAAAUGCAACAGAAUAAUGUAACGAGCAGCGGUAAAGAAUGCGUCACCCAUUGCAAUGGACUAAACUCCCAGGUUAUCCCCAGACCGAUGCCAUUGGAUCUACAGCAGAGCUUUGUGUUGUUCUUGGAAAAUUGCGCUCCAGUUGUGAAUACCUUGAACUGUGGCAUUUCUAGUCCUAUCCUGUUGAGCCUUCCUCAUUUACAGCUUGCACAGAUUAAGACUCAGUUGGCUCUUCAUCAUUUGACUUCUGUCACUUCGAACAGUACUUCCGCUGUUUAUGCUUUGUUAAAUCAGGCUUUGUUGAAAAUAAGCACUGCUCACGCCAUGUUUAACCGUGGAGGUUUCUCUGGUCAGCGACCAAUGGGCCACUCUAUGAUGAAUCAACCUGGCAUGAACCAUCUUGGUAUGACUGUGGCAGGCUUGAACAUGGGCGGUAUGAACCUGUCUGCCCUGAACCAGGCAAAUAUGAAUCUAUCGGGCAUGAACCAUCCAGGCAUGAAUCACUCUGGAAUGAACUCUGGCGUAAAACAGCCACAAAUGGGCCUUCCUGGAAUGAACCGUCCAAACAUAGCCUUUUCUGGCAUGAAUCAACCCAACAUGACUCAACAGAGAAUGAAUCAACCCAACAUGACUGAACAGAGAAUGAAUCAACCCAACAUGACUCAACAGAUAAUGAAUCAACCCAACAUGACUCAACAGAGAAUGAACCAACCCAACAUGAACCAGCUUGGCAUGAAUCAACCCAACUUGAACCAGCUUGGCAUGAACCAACCAGGGAUGAACCAGCUUGCCAUGAACCAACCAGGGAUGAACCAGCUUGCCAUGAACCAACCAGGCAUGAACCAGCUUGGCAUGAACCAGCUUGGCAUGAACCAGCUUGGCAUGAACCAGCCCGGCAUGAACCAACCCGGAAUGAACCAGCCUGGCAUGAACCAACCCGGAAUGAACCAGCCUGGCAUGAAUCAGCCCGCUAUGGGUUUAAAUCGAAUUAACCACCCGGGUAUGAAUCAAGGUGAAAUGAAUCAAGGAGGAAUGGGCUUCCGUUCUGAGACGAAAAAUCAAGGGUUUGGCAUGAGGCCAAUGGACAGUCCUGGAUCGUUUGGGGGAGGUAAUCCAGAACCAAUGGGAAUGAAAGGCAUGCCAGUUAGAUCGCCGAUGCAGCCGCCUUCUGGGAGACACAUGGGUCCGCAAGCAAUGCCACAACGAUUUCCUGGGCCCAAUGUUCCCUCACAUCAAGGGCAACCUAGAAUGCAAUCCCAGAGUCAAGAAAUUCCUUCAAUAGUGAACCGGAUGUUGACACACUCUUCAGAUCACAUGAUUGCAAAGCCUAAAACCCCUAUACAGGAGCCUGCGCGGCCCAUGAAGGAUAAACCGUGGGAUGCACUAAGUUUUUUUGGAAAUAUGGGUCAAGACAUUGGAAUAAAAUCCAGCCCCAUUUCAACACUGGAACAGAGGUCUAAUCCUCAGAAUCGCUAUACAAAUGAAAGUGCUUCAAGUAUAUUAGAGAGCUUCGGAUUGUCAAAUGAAGACCUUGAGGAGCUCAGCCGGUAUCCUGAUGAUCAACUGACCCCAGGAAAUAUGCCAAGUAUUCUAAGAGACAUCCGGUUACGUAAAAUGGGUCGUCCUGGAUCCACACCUGAUCAGGGCGGUGGAAGAAGACCUGGAAGUGAAAUGGUGCCAAGUAAAGUUAUUGACUAUGGACAUUCAAGCAAAUAUCCAUUUACUGGCCGCCCUGAUUCUGAGCGGUUCUAUGACUCUAAUAAAUCCAAGCCAGCCCCCAAACAGCCUGCAGCUUCCAUUAAUAAGAGGCCUGAGAAAAUCCCUGAAAAUUCAAUGGAUAACAAAAUACCGACUAUUUCAGGCAGCCGUAAGCCCACAUGGCAGUCUUCGAAGCCUGACCGAUCCAACAACAAAACUUUAGUCGGUAAACAGAAUAUUGUGACCCCUAGUGACAUCAACGUCUCACAAGUUGAGAGUCCAGUGGUCCGCAUUAAGACUGAUGUUCCUGUUCUCCCCGGUGUGACCGCUCCUGUUCAUACAGAAAUUAAGCUUGAUGUCCCGAUGGCAACUAGAGUCGGUAACGUCAACUACCAGCUUCCUGCUGAAACUACCCCCGCUGGGAAGGGAAGCUGGCUUCCAGUGCUGUCUCAGGAGGAAACUCCGAAACCAAAGAGACUGCCCACUCCUUCUAUGAUGAAUGAUUACUUUGCCGCCUCUCCACGGAUAUUUCCUCAUAUCUGUUCUCUGUGUAACGUAGAAUGUAGACACUUAAAGGACUGGAUUAAACAUCAGAAUAACACCUCCCACAUUGAGAAUUGCCGGAAGCUGAGACAACAGUAUCCAGACUGGAACCCACAGGUCCACUCUUCUCUGAGGAAUGACGAUAAAGAUGAGAACACAUCGAAGAGGUCAAAGUCCGGGAGCACAAGUCCUCGUAGAGCUAGAAGAUCGACUUCCAGACGCAGGAAUCGCGCAUCUCUUUCCCGCAGCCCAAGAUCCUCCGUGAGAAACAGAAGCCGUAGCCCGCGCCGUCCUCUGCCUAACCCAAGACUGUCACGUAGUCCCUACAGGAGGACAAGAUCUCCCCGUCGCUCGCAGUCCCCAAGAAGACCCAGACGGGGCCACUCCAGAACGAGCAGCGCUUCUCCUGACAAGAGAGCUGUAGACGCGGCAGUGCAAAGCUUCAUUGCAGCUAGCAAAAUUAAAAGUGGGGAAAAGGCAAAGCCUGCGAAGGCGGCCAGCAAUGUCAAGAAAAUACCUCCCAAGAUAUCCAGCGUUAAUGUCAGACCUAAGAAGUCGACCAGUAGCUCCGCCCCUACAAAGACCGGCAGCAGCGAUGCCAAACCGCCGAGCAGCAAUGCGUCCGAUGUCGGCAACUCUUCCAGGAAGCCUAGUGGUAGUGGCAGCGAUAGUGCAGCACAAAAGCCUUCAUCUAGCAGCUCUACCACCAAGACGACCACCUCCAGCUCUUCAGUGGUCAAGAAGCCAAUUGUCAGCACAGCUGCUAAAAAGACCACUCCUACCAGUGCCAGGAAGAUGCCACCCAGCAAGCCGUCUGCUUCUGCCCGAAAAACUUCAAACCCACCGAAAGCUCCAGCCAAGUCCCCAGUUGCGGAGGCUUCUAAUCCCUUGAAUAAGUUCACCAAUAAAAACAGGGGAGGCAACGUUAUUCACGUCACCGACCUGCCAGACAGUGGCUAUACUGACCAAGAUAUACUGAAAAUCAUCCAGCCCUUUGGGAAAGUCUGCGAUGUGCUCAUUGUCCGUUCCAAAAAUGAGGCGUUCAUAGAAACCACCUUCAAGGAGGCAGCCUCAGCCGCGGUCGGUUUCAGCGAAACUACCCCAGUAAUGAUAAACCACAAGCGCGUGACCCUUUCUCUGGUUGGAGAAAAAAAACCAGUGAAGAAGGAAUCGAUGAGUGGCAAAACUUCAGUAACUCAUGCUAAGAACGCCCCUCCUACAGCUAAAAUGGACAAAGAUAAACCCUUGAAAGAGGCAGCUGUUAAACCAGAAGAGCUUCCUCCUGGCUUUGUGAAACGCUAUAAACUUGCCGAUCCCCCUCUGAAGGAUUCCGAUAAAUGUGUUGUCGCCAUCUCGAACUUACCUGAAACGCAGUACACCGUGGAUGAAGUUUCUAAUUUGGCCAAACCGUUCGGUGGUGUAAAUGAUAUUCUCAUUAUCCCCACCCACCGAAAGGCAUACUUGGAGUUGGGCAGUAAAAACUCUGUGGAUUCCAUGAUCAAGUUUUACAGCGUUUUCUCCACGCACCUCGGUGGGAACUUGCUGACUAUAAGCUGUGCCCCGCGAUACAAGGAUUUGAAGGAUCAGGAUCUUAUUUUUGCAGAACUUAUAGAACAGGCUCCAUACAAGAUCACCCCAACGAUUUAUGAGAAGUUCGUGUAUCUCCAUGAUCUUCCUGAGAAGGAAGUGUCAGAGUACGAUAUCGCCUGCCUCGGAAUUAGAUUUGGAAAAGUGGAACACUACGUCCUUUUUAGUAAUAAAAGAAAGGCAAUCCUUCACAUGCAAAGCGCAAGGGCUGCUAAAGCCAUGCACAGCUUCAUGACCAAGUAUCCGGGUAACAUCGGGGGCGCUGUAGUGAGGUGCUCCGUCCCUUCCAAGACCAAGCUAGCCGAGGAUCAAUAUAUAACUGUCCUGGAAGAAAAAGGAGAAGAAGAAAAAAAGAGCCCAAAGACUAAAGGCAAAGGCAUUGAUGAGACAGAAGUGGUGACUACCACUGAGGAUGCCCCUCCGCAGAUAACCGAUAACAAGUCCGCCCCUCCGCAGAUAACCGAUAACAAGUCCGCUCCUCCGCAGAUAACCGAUAACAAGCCCGCUCCUCCGCAGAUAACCGAUGACAAGUCCGCUCCUCCGCAGAUAACCGUUAACAAGUCCGCUCCUCCGCAGAUAACCGUUAACAAGUCCGCUCCUCCGCAGAUAACCGUUAACAAGUCCGCUCCUCCGCAGAUAACCGAUAACAAGUCUGCUCCUCCGCAGAUAACCGUUAACAAGUCCGCUCCUCCGCAGAUAACCGAUAACAAGUCCGCUCCUCCGCAGAUAACCGAUAACAAGUCCGCCCCUCCGCAGAUAACCGAUAACAAGUCUGCCCCUGCUUCUAAGAAGGAUACAGCGACGUCUCUGCCCACCUCGCCCAUCAGUCAGACAGAGAUGGAAAUAGACGUGCCACACAAAAAGGCGGCUGCACCCAAACAACCAGACGACUUAUCUCCUGCCAAAGUUGUUCCAGUGACAGUAGAGGAGACUCCAGAAGAUGAUGAGGACUAUGAAGAGGAAGCAGCAGAGGCCCCUGAAGCUCCAGAGUCGUCAUUCAUCUAUAUCCAACCAGAACCAGUGCUCCAGUUUCAGGAACCUGAUCCAGUGUCUCAUCCUUUGAUACCAGACGACUUAGAAGUCCUUGUGUCUGUUGAGUCAGAUGAAGAAGAAGAAAGUCCACCUUUCCUAAACACAAUCCCGGUAGUGCCCAGUGUCCGCGUGCAACAACCUUCAAUAGUUCCGCCCCAAGAGACCAAGAAGCCAGAUGGAGGCGAUAAGGAGGGCUCUGCUAAUAAAGACAAAUAUGCCAAAACAGAGGCUGGGCAUAAACCAGAGAACAGUGUUACAGAACAGGCCAAAAACCGUGUCCCCGGGCUCCCUGAGUCCUCCCAAAAGGGAGAAGCCAAGCCUGUUGGAAAGGUGGCAAGCUCGGCAACCAAGGCAGCGGCUGAGGCCUGUAAAGAAACAGACAGUGUAUCUGCGACAAGCGGCGCUUCGCUCACCAGGACUGCUAAAUACAACCCACAGAAGGGAGAUAUCUCUGUCACACUCUCCAUGGAGAGCCAGAAAUCUGUUGUGAAAACAGACAGCAGAAAGAGGUAUUCUGGACAUGACAGCAGCAAUUCAAAGUCAAAUAGUAAUCGGUCCAGCCCAACAGACAGUGCUUCCAGUAAUUCUAAAUCCAGGACAGCCAGUUCCCUGAAGAAAAAUGGAGGAAAACAUGUCUCCUCUCUGCAGGAAAGAGACUUGAAGUCCACGUCUAGGUCACGAGAAAGAGAUGCAAGGACAAAUACUAGGAAGGAUGACCGAUCAAAAGGAAAUAGCUCAUCAUCCCGGUACACACGAAUCUCCAAGACCAGCGCUCGGGGCCCAAGAUCUAAAGAGGAUGACGAUGAGUCUUUUCCAUUCAAUCUGGAUGAGUUUGUUACGGUUGAUGAAAUUGUAGAGGAGCACGGAGAUUCCAAGAGCCGGCUGGAAGGAGAGCCAAAACCCUCACAUGUGUCCGGUACCCCCAGAAAAGGGAAAAGGAGAGAAAAUGACCCCAUUUCCUCAGACAACAAAAAAUCCAGAGUGAUGAGCACAGAUUCACAGGAGCUCUCCUUUGUCACAAUAGAUGAAGUUGGGGAUGAGGAAGAUAACAUGGCGUCAGAAUCUACUCCUGGCCCAACAGCCUCUUCAUUGGUAACUGUGGAUAAAGUCCAUGCAAAGGAUCGUGCACCCCGCAGUAAGAAAGAUGCCCAGAUGUUAAUGACCUUAGAUGAGAUAAGUGAUGAGGAAGAAGCCCAGGAACCUACCACAGGCCUACGUUCUUCAGCUCUACCAGAGAUCUUGGCCAAAGAUCAGCUUGUGACUCUUGACGAGAUCAGUGGUGAAGACGAAGAGCAGACUUCUGCUACAGAGCCAUUGAAUGUGGCCACCCAGCUGCUCCAGGACACUGAGCUCAAAGUUGAGGACAACGGUGAAGAGCCUAUAUUAGAAGGUGUACCUGUAGAUUUCGAGGUCCCUCACGCAGACUACAGCCCGGGCAACCACACAAAACAGCACCUCCUCACCCUGGACGAGGAGGAUGAGGAUGAUGAGUUCUUGGGGGAUAUUGAAAACCGCUUCUUUACUGUGGAUGAAGUAGGCGAAGAGGAGGAAGAAUCUGAUGUGAAAGUCAAGGAGGCCAAAAAGUCCAAAACGAGCACCACCAAUAAAUCUGCUCAAAGCGGGAAUAAAACAAGCAGCAAAUCCGCAGAUUCCAGUAUAUCACCAGCCACGAAUGCGCGGAGGGGCAGGCCACGUAAACGGCCUUUUCCCGCCGAAGGGGACAAGCAAUCAUCCCAGCAGACCAGUAAAGUUACAGAGUCGGAGAAGACCCCCAUAAAGUCUAAAGGCAGCCAGGGUCCGGCAGGAACAAUAGAGGGCAGCACCACUCCCAGCACACAGAGAUCUGACGCUGGAGAUGGGAAAUCUAAAAGUUCUGAGAUGUUAGCGAAGAAGAAGAAAAUGGCAUCUCCUGGUACGGCGGGAACUAAACUGGCCCCUUCUAAACCUAGUGUUCCAACAGAAGCACGUGGUCCAGGAGCAAGGAACACCUGAGUCCUGAGGAACCCGGAGAACAUGGAGUACAAGUUUAGGGUCCAUUGUGUACAUUUUAUUUUCCAUUUGUCAGUUACUGUUGUCAGUACAGAUGUUUAUGGUGUAUAAAGCGCUCUAUGUAGACAUGAAUAAAUAAUUUAAUAGUCCUUUUGACUUUUAUAUUACUAGUCUUUCACAUUGUCCCAAUGGUGUUGGUUUCAGCAGCCAGAAGGGGAAUUUAGACCAGGUCUCCUAGGGGUUUUUUUUUUUUUUGUAAAGUUUCUAAAACAUGAAGGUGUUUCCCAUAGUAACCAAUCAGAUUUUGUCUAUCAUUUUCUAGGAUGCAAUAUAGAACAGAUAGCUAUGAUCUGGUUGCUGUGGGUAACUCCACCACUUAUUUGUUUUAGUAGCGUUAGUAAAUCUACCCCUAGUGUCAUGAACUUAUUAUUUUGUCAGGAAGUGAUCUCCAUGCAAGUACCUGUCGCACAAGUUGUGUGAGUGUGUGUGUGUCCGCACCCUGACGGAGAUCGGUGGCGUUGAGCCUACACACGUUGCAUUCUGCACAGCGGCUGCGUGUCCUAAAUGUUACUAUAACCAUGGAUUUUGAUGGAAAAUACUGUUGAAAUUUUGGUCUUUAAGUUUUUAAGUAAAACAUUUUACAUGAAGUAUUUUGUUUGAGCUCCAUAGUGCGCGCUAGUGAUGGCGCGGUCGGGGGGGCGGAGAAGGCUUCUCACCUUAGUUACACGGGAGCUGCAGGUGCCAUUAAUUAUGGCUUUUUUUUUCUUUUCUUUUUUUUUUCUUGUUCUAGGUAUAUUUAGGUUUUCCCAGUUCAAGCUUUACACACGUUGCUUUGGCAUUUUUGUGUAUAAUCCUCAUGCAGUACUGUGCAAAAUGAAAACCUGUAACAGCAAAGUGCGUUUAUAAAUAAAAUAAAAGUGUUGAAAAUCCC